AUGGAUAAUUCUGGCAAAGAGAAAGAAGCCAUGCAGCUGAUGGCCGAUGCUGAGAAGAAGGUGAAAUCGUCGCAUUCGUUCUUAGGAGGCUUGUUUGGAGGGAACUCAAGAAUAGAAGAAGCAUGUGAAAUGUUUGCAAGAGCUGCAAACAUGUUCAAGAUGGCUAAAAACUGGAGUGAAUCGGAAUCAGCUGCAGGGAAUGCAUUUUGCCAGUCAGCCAAGCUCCACCUGCAGCUGCAGAGCAAACACGAUGCUGCCACCAGUUUUGUGGAUGCAGGGAAUGCGUACAAGAAAGCAGAUCCACAAGAGGCCAUCAACUGCUUAAAUGCAGCCAUCGAUAUAUACACAGAUAUGGGGAGAUUCACGAUUGCAGCAAAACACCACAUUACAAUUGCAGAAAUUUAUGAAUCUGAGCUGGUAGAUAUUGAAAAGGCUGUUGCUCAUUAUGAACAAGCUGCAGAUUAUUACAAAGGAGAAGAAUCAAACAGUUCGGCUAACAAGUGUCUUUUGAAAGUGGCUGCAUAUGCUGCACAACUGGAGCAGUAUCAGAAGGCAAUAGAAAUUUAUGAGCAGGUUGGGACCAACACAAUGGACAAUCCACUGCUGAAAUAUAGUGCAAAGGAAUAUUUCUUCAAGGCUGCACUGUGCCAUUUUAUUGUUGAUGAGCUGAAUGCCAAGCUUGCUUUAGAGAAGUAUGAAGAAAUGUUUCCAGCAUUUUCAGACUCGCGGGAAUGCAAACUUUUAAAGAAAUUGCUUGAAGCCCAUGAAGAACAGAAUGGUGAUGCGUACACUGAAGCAGUGAAGGAAUUUGAUUCCAUAUCAAGGCUGGACCAAUGGCUUACAACAAUGUUACUGCGCAUCAAAAAAUCCAUCCACGGAGAAGGAGACCUGAAGUGAACCAUUGGCAUAUAAUAAGGCAUUUUGCCAAAUUUGUGACCUGCUAUUAUGUGUACUGGGUUGUGACAAACUUGGUUAUACCUGUUUCAGUGUUUAUGAUUAGGUUUUGUUUUCUUUGUGUUAUCUGCCAGUUAUUGUAAGUUUAAAAUAUAUUCUUCUGCUCAUUUAUUGAA